CACGAAAGAGAGAAGGUAUGUGAAAUAGAAUUGUUAUAACGGUCUAAUUAUUUCGUUUUCGUAUGAAUAAAAAGAUAAAAAAACAUAUAAUAAUUACGUCUUUUAUUAAAAUAAAUCAAAUCUUACCAUAUUUUGUGUCGUUGAAUCAUCUUUCGUCGUAUGCGCAUGUGUGAGAUGUGUGUGCAUGUGUAAAUGUGUGUGCAAAACUAUUACGUCGCAAAGUUACGCCGGUAAUCGAACGAUAAUCUAUGCAAAUAACAAUCAAAACUAUAAAAUGAAUGUAAUAUAAGCAAAACUAUAUUAAAAUAAAAUAAUAAUUUGAAUCAAAUCUUGUUUUAAGGGUGCAUAAGAGAAAUUACCAGUAAUUUUAACUGCCAAAGACGAACAACAACGCAACACGACGAGAAAGGUGACGAUGUGGACAAUUCUACUGCUCGCACUCUCCACGUGGUCUUCGUCAUGGGGUCAGGUGAUCAACAGGGCGCCGCACUUCGUGCAAGGUGGAGACAUGGCCAGGUUGGCUGUGUCGGAGGGCACUCCACCCGGUGCCCCUGUUUACACUCUGAAAGGAGAAGAUCCGGAAGGCUCGAAGCUCCACUACUCGAUCAGCGGAGAAUACUUCACCGUGAAUCGGGACAGCGGUGUCGUUGUUCUGAGAAAGGCGUUAGACAGGGAGAGCCAGGACUUGAUCGAAGUCAUCAUCAGCAUAACGGACGAAGGGAUCGCGGGAUCAGAGCCCAACACGGUGUCCCUUCGAAGGGAGAUAGCAGUGCUGGACGAGAACGAUAAUCCACCGGUAUAUCACGGCAGACCUUAUGCGGCGAGGGUGCCAGAAAACGCACACGUGGGUGGUCUCCUAGUUCCUUCUGGCACGAUCACGAUCACGGAUCGCGAUGGUGGCGUAAACGCUGAUGUUCACGUGGAAUGCGUGUCCGCGUCCCGGGACGACGACGUUUGCGAUGUCUUCAACGUUUCUGCGGAAAAGUUGGCAGAGGGAAAAUACGACGUGCAAAUCAGCCUAGCCAAGUCUCUCGAUUACGAAAGGAGAAAUUCCUACUUGAUCAAUCUUCUGGCCGUAGACGGUGCCAGCGACGUCUCGAGGAGGUUACAAGCCAGAGCGACAGUAGCCGUGGACGUUCUCGAUGUUCAGGACCAGCCACCCGUGUUCCUGAACGCGCCGUACAGCGCGGCACUUCCGGAGAACACGCCGGCCGGUCACACGAUCCUGACGGUGAGGGCACGGGACGGUGACACGGGCGAGCCAAGAGGCCUGCUGUUGACGUUGGAGGACGAGGACUCGGGCCACUUCGAUCUCGACGUGUCGAAAGAGGGUGACGCGACCAUUGGCAAACUUGUUACCACGAACGUCUCCCUCGAUCGGGAGGAUCCUAGAAUAUUGCAAAACGGGGGUAUCUACACGUUCCAAGUGAAGGCGACGGAACUGAUCAACAACGAGAUCCCGGCCGACACCGCCACGUCGAUCGUGACGAUCGUGGUCACCGACGUGGACGAUUUGAUGCCCGUUUUCAACGAGAAGUUCUUCAAUAUUACAAUUUCGGAGGACAUUGGCAGGGACACGCCUUUGCGCUUGAACAUGAUAGCGAGCGACGGGGACGUCGGGGAGAACGCGAAAUACACGUUGGCUCUCAGAGACGUUUCGGAUUAUCCUGGAAUAAGCGGAGCUUUCGUUGUCGGUCCCGAGGAGGCACAGGGUCGAGUACCGGUUGUCGUCAAAGCGAAAAAUGUCAGCGUGCUGGAUUACGACGUGGAUGAUCCUGCCAGGAGGCAGCUGGAGUUCGAAGUUGUUGCACUGGUCGCGGACCAAGUGGUGGCUUCGAGCAGGGUUCACGUGCAAUUGAAAGACGCGAACGACCACAGCCCAGAGUUCUCCCAGUCGGUGUACAAAUUAUCUCUGCCGGAGGACGCAAAAAUAGGGACCCUAUUCGGGGACGUGUUUGCGAGAGAUUACGACAGCGGUUCCUUCGGCGAGUUGACGUACACGUUGCGGGGUUUCGGCGCCGAUAAAUUCGCGACCGAUCCAAAAAGUGGAGGGAUCUCGGUGUCCAAGGCGUUGGACUACGAGGCUCAGAAAUCGUAUUCGUUGACGAUGGAGGCGAGAGACGGGGGCGGAAGAGUGUCAGCGGUGAAUAUUUUGAUAGAAUUGGAGGAUGUCAACGACAAUAAGCCUACGUUCGAGCAGAAGGAAUACACGAGAACGGUUCGAGAAGGGGCGACGAGUUUCGAUCCUCAGAUGUUCGUCAGAGCGACGGAUGCUGACGGGCCGACACAAGGAAAUGGAAGAGUGACGUACUCCAUAAGUUCGCAUAACAGUAUGACGAACGAUGUUUUCAAGGUAAAUCGAGACAGCGGAGAAGUGACAAUGGCGAAAGCUGUGCGUUCAGACGACACGGAGAGAGGGAUCUACGAGUUGGCGAUUCGAGCUACGGAUGCUGGAACGCCGCCAUUGUUCUCCGAAACGAGACUGUCGGUGAGAGUGGGGGUACCUGGAAACCAGAAACCCAUCUUCCGUGGAAAUUACAAGUCUAAUUUACCAGGACCCAGCACUUAUCGAGCAAGGUUGCUGGAGAACGCCUCGCCUGGAACGGAAGUCAUUAGAGUCGUGGCGAACGACCCUGACGGGAGAGACAGCUUGUUACAGUACCACAUCGCUUCCGGCGCUAAGGAUAAUUUUGUUAUAGAUUCUAGUUCUGGCGUUAUUACGGUCUCGCCUGACGCCCGUUUGGAUCUGGAAAGCGGUGGAGAAAAAUACGAAGUGAUAGUUUACGCCAUAGAUUCGGGCACACCCGUUCGAGAAACUGCAACCACCACCGUCACGGUCAACAUGAUAGACGUGAACAACAAACCGCCGAUGUUCAACGAGUCGACGUAUCUCGUCUACGUGUCUGAAAGAGCGGCGAUAGGCGAGCCUGUAUUGAAGGUAGCGGCAACAGAUUCGGACUCGGAUGCUUAUCUGGAGUAUUCCAUAGUGGAGCCCAUAAGAGCCGUGGACAAGACUGGCGUGGCUCUCAAGAAUACAGCUCCUUACGAUUACAAGACUGCUUUUCGAAUAAACUCCACUACGGGUUUAAUAACUGUGAAUCGCGUGUUGGAUUAUCAAGUCGCCGCGGUGGUCAUUCUGACCGUUCAAGUGCAAGAUCUGAACGCCGUGGUCGACAAAGAGAGGCAGAUCACGAGGGUCGAGGUGACGAUAUACAUUCAAGCUUACAGCGAUGACAAUCCAACCUUCACCAAUCCCGGAUGGUCGCCUAACAACCCGACAAUCAGGAUUUCCGUGCCCGAAGAGCAACCCCUUGGAACCACUCUGCUGAUGCUGUCGGCGAAGGAACCCACCACCGGAUAUCCCGUGCAAAGAUUCGAGUUGGUGAGGGAAGACGACGAUGAAGGAUACGUGAACGUCGGUGUCCAGAGUGGAAACGUCGUUUUGAGCAAAAGAUUGGACUACGAAGCUCUCAAUCAAAAGUUCAUUCAGUUUAAAGUACGAGCACUGGCGAGAGACUACGAGAUUACGCGAAAAAUGUCCGAAGCGAACGUUAUCGUGGAAGUGCAGGACACGAACGACAACAAUCCCGUGUUCGGCCAAAAGGAUUACAAAAUUUCGGUGCUGGAAUCGGAGAAACCUUCCAAGAUCGUGUUAAACGUCAAAGCCACGGACAUGGAUAGUUCGAACACGGAGCAGGAAGUUAGAAGAGGAUACGGCGAAGUGAGAUACUCCUUGAUCGGAGAAAAUGCUAACAUGUUCGAGGUGGAGCCAAUAACCGGCAACAUCCAGAUCGCCACCAACACGACCCUCGACAGAGAGAAGCAAUCGGUUCUUCGUUUCUACGUGGUCGCCUCCGACAUGCCCCAAGGCGGUGCGGAGCAAAGAAGCACCAGAGCUUUGGUGACAGUCGACGUUCUAGACGUGAACGACAACGCGCCUACGUUCGAGCAGGAGGCUUACACAGCCGUGAUCCCCGAGAAUGCCCCGUCGGGCGUCAGUGUUGUCAAUAUCACCGCCACCGAUCCGGACGAAGAUAAAGGCGGGGCAAUCACCUACGAGAUCAUCGACGAGGGUGAAGCGAGCGGAUUGUUCGAAAUAAAUCGUACGACGGGGGAGAUUUACUCGGCUCGAGCGUUGACAGGGAAGGGUAGAACGGAGCCGUACGUGAUGCGAAUCAGAGGCGAGGACGGAGGAGAGCCGGAACUAUACUCGGACGUGAUUCUGACUCUUUACAUCGGAGACGUGGUCAGCAACGACGGCGUGCCGUUGUUCAUCAGGCCAACGCUCGAGGAGGUAGCUUACAUAUCGGAGAAUUCGACCGUGGGCAGCCCUGUGUUUCAAGUGGUCGCCUCGGACCCGGACGACCCCAACUUGCCGAAUGGGAAGAUCACGUUUAAAUUUUUGGAGGACGGAAAUUUCGGUAAAGACGCGAGCGCGUUCAGGAUAAACAGCGAGACUGGUUUGAUCACGACGAGGAAAUUGUUGGACAGAGAGACGAAGGACAGUUACACGUUGAUAUUGGUCGCUCAGGAUCUAGGAAGUCCACCCCAGCAGGCGACCAGGGUGUUGCAAGUGAUCGUGAACGAUAUCGACGACCACAAGCCUCAUUUCAAACGAAAUCUGGACAGUCCGCCCGUCGAGCUCACCGUGCUCGAGGAGACGCCGAUUGGGUCGAAGGUCGGUGUGAUCGAGGCCAUCGACGAGGACAUCGGGGAAAACGGAAUGAUCGAUUACGCGAUCGUUUACGGGAACGAGGCGAGCCUGUUCGUCGUGGAGAGGCUGGAGAACAAUUCGGCGGUGAUAAGAUCGAACGGUCGCCUCGAUCGGGAGACGGCCGAUCACCAUUUGCUCACCAUCAAGUGUUUCCCUUACUCGACGAAGAAGGGCGACAUCGUCCCGAAGCCUUACAACCGACAAGAUCCCUCUGAGAGGCAGGUGCUCGUCAAAGUUCUGGACAUCGACGACAACAGGCCGAAAUUUAAAAAGGAGAACGUCACGUUGGGCGUUCGUCUCAACGUACCUAUAGACACGAGUCUGAUCACCCUGGAAGCUUUGGACGUCGACUCCGAUGCUCUUCCAAUUAGUUACAGCAUGGGUAAAGCUUCUUUCACCUCUCUCGUCGAUCCCUCCAUGUCGAAACGAAAGAUCCCUUCCCACCUGUCCUUGAACUCUCAAACCGGCGAGCUGAGGACAACGGGAUCCAUGUCGAGUUAUGCGGACGGUUACAUGGAGAUCAUCGUGUCCGCCAACAAUUCGGUGACACCAGCCAGAGAGACGAACAUCACUCUGAGGAUAUUUUUGUUGCGCGACAGGGACAUGUUGAAGUUCGUGUUCUCGAAGCCACCAGUCGAGGUCAGGAAGACGUUGGAGGAGUUCGAGAAAUCGGUGCAACAGGCUCUUUCUUUGCCGAUCAGUGUCAACGUGUACGACACCCAGUUCUACUCGAAGGAGGACAACUCGUUGGACUUCUCCUCGACCAGCUCCUGUUUCCAAAUGGUUGGCAACGAGGCGUACGAUUUGGACGAGAUGAAGGCCCUUCUCACUGAUCCUAAGAACGAGGAGUUGAAGAGAGUUUAUAGAACGUAUCACGUGGAAAAGGUGCAACACUGUGCCCCUCUGGUGGCCAGGGCCGACGCCUCGAUGACGCAGAUGUGGGUGCUGGCCAUCGCUGUCCUCGUCGGCGUUGCCGCGAUUAUCUCCAGUUGUACACUCUGUUGCAUGCACGCCAAGUACAAACGACAGGUGAAGCACGCCCGUUUGCGUGAUCAGCCUCGGCCACCACUGAGCUACGUCUCUUCCGGUCCUGGAAUGGUCAGUGCAGCGUCGCACACCACGCUCGGACCCAGCACCAUGGUUUCUCUUGGGCCGCACGAAGGUCCUUACGAGUGGGGUGCGGACACCACGCUCUAUCAUCCGAGCACACUCGGUUCCAGGACGUAAAUUGAACUCUGAUAUUAUUAGAGGAGAAAAAAUGUAGAUCACUGACUGAACCGAAGAAGGUUUCUAUCGUAUAAGAAAGAGGGGGAAAGGCUUCGUGAAAGGUUUCUUCAGAGAUUUUAACCUGCGAUAUUACUUAAAGAGAGAAAGAGAGAGAAUAUGCCAUAUUCGUUGUAAAAAUAUUAUCGAAAGAAAAGUAGGUGAUGUGUGAUAUCGAGACGAAAAUUAAGAUGGAUGCUGUGGUAGGGAAUUUUCUCAAUC